AUGAUUAAGGGAUCAAAUGCUGCUAAACAUAAUGAUGUAUUAGAUACAAUAAUAAAACAAAUUGAAUUGUUAUUAGGCAAAGUUUUAGUUGAAGAAUUACCUGUAAUAAGUAAAGAUAAUGAUGAAAUAUUCAAUCACUCAAAUAUAUUUGCUAAAGCCUAUGAAUUUGCAACUUCUUUAUUUGCAUCAAGUCAUGAAAAUCGAUUAAAUGUAUCGAAUAAACGUAAUAUUAAAGUUCAACUUCAACUUAAAGAUUUUCAAAUAAAUUCUUUCGAAACUUUAUGGUUUAUUUGUCCAAAACAAACACUUGCAAAUAAUAUAAAAUUUACCAAACAUUUAAAAUUUGCUGAUGAUGGUUCGAUUCAUAUUGAUUAUUCAUCUCAAUUUGUUCCUGAUGUACAUAUUUUUCGACUUAAAGAUAAUGGAAAUAUUCAAAUACGUAUUGAAUGUCCAUCAUGUGCAAAUUCAUAUAAUGUUACUGGUCGUGGCACAUCAAUAUUAAUUCAAGGUGAAAAAAUGUUUGAAAAUAUUGCUAUUGAUAAAGACUAUUUAAAUACAAAUCGUAUAGGAAAAUUUGAAAUCGAAAUACCCAUAGGAAAAUGGGAACCUUAUUCAGCUUAUGAUUAUCGAAAAAGUGCUAUUCAAAAUAUUUAUGAAAAUGGAGUGAUUAUUAUUACAGUACCAAAUAUUUCUAAAGAACUUUAA